AGAGUUUUCAGGACUUGGACUCUGCUUUAGACUUGUGCUCAGACUGUCUCCACAAAAGUGGUCCGUUUCCUCAUCCAAUGAGCUCUGCCUGUUUGUCUGUGUGACACUCCAGUGGAAGGAAGCCAAGAGCCUAUAGUAGCGAUCCUGGGGAAAAUUUCAGCAGCUGGGGCCAUGUAAUUUAAAACCUCUGAAAAGUGUGCUGCGGUCCGUGCACAGCAUUAGUAUAACGUGAGGGCUGAAUGCAGCCCGUUCUCUGGAGAACUUCCUCACACACCGCAGCAAAGAGAAGACUGAAAGACAAACCUGGGUGCAGCCGGAGAGGUCCAGAUAGAUGAGCUUGUGGCAUCCAUUCCCCAAGUUCAGCCUAGGGACUCCACGUACCCCAGCUGGGUCUCAUUGUUCCAGAACUGCAUUAGUUAAGAUUACCCAAACUUGGAUUUCAAAGGAAUACUUUCAUUGUUCCGUCUGUAACACGAAGUAAUUGGGGCCAGCUGGAUGUCAGGAUGCGUGUGGUUACCAUUGUAAUCUUGCUCUGCUUUUGCAAAGCCGCUGAGCUGCGCAAAGCAAGCCCAGGCACUGUGAGAAGCCGAGUGAAUCAUGGCCGGGCGGGUGGAGGCCGGAGAGGCUCCAACCCGGUCAAACGCUACGCACCAGGCCUCCCGUGUGACGUGUACACAUAUCUCCAUGAGAAAUACUUAGAUUGUCAAGAAAGAAAAUUAGUUUAUGUGCUGCCUGGUUGGCCUCAGGAUUUGCUGCACAUGCUGCUAGCAAGAAACAAGAUCCGCAUAUUGAAGAACAACAUGUUUUCCAAGUUUAAAAAGCUGAAAAGCCUGGAUCUGCAGCAGAAUGAGAUCUCUAAAAUUGAGAGUGAGGCGUUCUUUGGUUUAAACAAACUCACCACCCUCUUACUGCAGCACAACCAGAUCAAAGUCUUGACGGAGGAAGUGUUCAUUUACACACCUCUCUUGAGCUACCUGCGUCUUUAUGACAACCCCUGGCACUGUACUUGUGAGAUAGAAACGCUUAUUUCAAUGUUGCAGAUUCCCAGGAACCGGAAUUUGGGGAACUACGCCAAGUGCGAAAGUCCACAAGAACAAAAAAAUAAAAAACUGCGGCAGAUAAAAUCUGAACAGUUGUGUAAUGAAGAAGAAAAGGAACAAUUGGACCCGAAACCCCAAGUGUCAGGGAGACCCCCAGUCAUCAAGCCUGAGGUGGACUCAACUUUUUGCCACAAUUAUGUGUUUCCCAUACAAACACUGGACUGCAAAAGGAAAGAGUUGAAAAAAGUGCCAAACAACAUCCCUCCAGAUAUUGUUAAACUUGACUUGUCAUACAAUAAAAUCAACCAACUUCGACCCAAGGAAUUUGAAGAUGUUCAUGAGCUGAAGAAAUUAAACCUCAGCAGCAAUGGCAUUGAAUUCAUCGAUCCUGCCGCUUUUUUAGGGCUCACACAUUUAGAAGAAUUAGAUUUAUCAAACAACAGUCUGCAAAACUUUGACUAUGGCGUAUUAGAAGACUUGUAUUUUUUGAAACUCUUGUGGCUCAGAGAUAACCCUUGGAGAUGUGACUACAACAUUCACUACCUCUACUACUGGUUAAAGCACCACUACAAUGUCCAUUUUAAUGGCCUGGAAUGCAAAACGCCUGAAGAAUACAAAGGAUGGUCUGUGGGAAAAUAUAUUAGAAGUUACUAUGAAGAAUGCCCCAAAGACAAGUUACCAGCAUAUCCUGAGUCAUUUGACCAAGACACAGAAGAUGAUGAAUGGGAAAAAAAACAUAGAGAUCACACCGCAAAGAAGCAAAGCGUAAUAAUUACUACAGUAGGAUAAGGUAGAAAUUGUUCUGAUUGUAAUUAGUUUUGUAUUUUCUAUACUGGUGUUAGAAAACAUAUGUUUACAUUUGAUUAACUGUGUUGCCUAUUUAUGCAGGGUAAUCCAGCUAAAGGAAGCUUUCUUUAAUUAUGAUAAGUAUUAUUGUGACUAUUAUAGUAAUCAAGAGAAUGCUAUCAUCCUGCUUGCCUGUCCAUUUGUGGAACAGCAUCUGGUGAUAUGCAAUUCCACACUGGUAACCUGCAGCAGUUGGGUCCUAAUGAUGGCAUUAGACUUUCAUAAUGUCCUGUAUAAAUGUUUUUACUGCUUUUUGAAAAUAAAGAAAAAAAACUUGGUUCAUGUUUA